GCGCGGCGUGGCUUGCGACGUCUGCGAAGGCCAUGAGGGUUCCCCUUCCCGCAGGCACCCUGCCACCUUGGCAGUAGAUGGAGACCCCAGCACCUGGUGGCAAAGUCCCGUCUUCACUGCGGAUGGGGACUACCAGCAUGUCGCGCUGAUGGCGACGUUACCUGGUAAAAUGGAGCUCCUCCACGUCAUCAUCAAGUCUGGUCCAUCACCACGACCCCUAGCGUGGUCUCUCGAAGUAUCCUCUACGGAGAGCGGUGAAGACUGGCGCUUGAUCCGAGCGUUUGGAGACCGUGACCAUUGCCGCAAGCUCUGGGACCUCAGGCCUGAGAGGAGAAGGAGGAAAGCGAGAGGUGCGAAGAGGACCAGUAGGGCAGAGAAACCCUCCUGUUCCACACAGUUCACGAGUCCACGACCCUUGGAAAAUGGAGAGAUGCACGUGGGUAUAGGAGAAGGUGUGCCAGCUAGAAGAGUACGAGUCUCCUUUCGAGCCGCGCAUUCUUCUACUAGACACCAGUACUACACUGUCAGGGAACUGACGCUCGCAGCUAGAUGCAUCUGCCACGGACACGCCAAGCACUGCUCAGUGGACCAUAAGAGCGCGAGAUGCUCGUGCGUCCACGGCACGUGCGGCGCGCACUGCCAGCGCUGCUGCGCGGGCGGCGCGUGGCGCGCGCACCGCGCCUGCGCAGCGCGCGACGACUGCUCGUGCGGCGAGCGCGGUGCCUGCUCCUACGACGACGCAGGCGCCAUACUGUGUGUCAACUGCACCGAGAAUCGAGCGGGCCCGCUGUGCGAUCGCUGUCUCAUCGGAUAUUACAACAUCCUGCCAGACGACCCCUGCAUACCUUGCGACUGCGACCCUGAAGGAUCUGAUGGGUCAUGCAAAUGGAACAGAAAGCAUCACCAGGUCCAAUGCGCCUGCAACGCCGGCUUCACGGGCGCUCUGUGCGACAGGUGCGAAGGGGAUAACACGGUGUUCCCCAACUGCCUGGUGGAAGUGACCACCGUGCGUGCGUGUAGGUGUGACCCCAGGGGCAUCACAGACCCGACGAGGGUGUGUGAUGACGUCUGUGAGUGCAAGGCAAAUGUGAUAGGCGAGAGGUGUGACGUAUGCGCAACAGGAUAUUUUGGACUGAGUGGAGACCUACACGAGGGCUGUCGACCGUGCUACUGUUCACACGUCGCUAACCACUGUGUUGCCAACCCUGAAGCUGGGGAUGACAUAGCGCUGCCGCUGGGAGACGCCUGGCUCAUCAGCUCCAACGACACCUCCGAAACCCUCGAAGUAACAGUUGAUGAACAUGGAAGACCCUAUCUCAUCAGCUAUGAGGUGGAAGGCUGGGAGUCAUACUUCUUCAUGAGCUCAACGUACAGCGGGGAGAGGACGGAGGCGUAUGGAGGGGAGCUGGUUGCUCGCAUCACGUGGGCAGUUGCACGAGGAGACUCCGGAGGCAGCGCUAGUCUGAUGCCGGACUACGUUCUACUUGCUAAUGAUGGUAAAAGACUGUCCUUUGGCAACGCCAGCUAUGAAACGCCAGGCUUGAUAGAACUGCGAGCGCCGCUGGUAGAAGGCAGUUGGUACUCCGGAUCAGAAUUCGUCUCCCGAGCUCAACUUCUCGAUGUACUGAGCAAUCUGAAAGCUAUCAUGAUCCGUGCACACUUCCAUUUUGAUCAAGAUGAGGUACGACUAGACAGCAUAGUACUGAAAGGCUCUCCAAGCAACACCCGUGAAAUCUGCACGUGCCCUGCGGGGUACAUAGGCGCGCAAUGCACGACGUGUGCGUGGACGCACGUGCGCUUGCUGCGUGCUCCAGGCUCCGCACCGGCCUUCGAGUGCGUGCCGUGCGCGUGUAAUAUGCACGCGGGAUGUGAGGCAGUGGAUGGCCAAUGUGGGCCGUGUCUCCACAACACUACAGGACCACACUGCGAAAGAUGUCUACCAGGACACUACGGAAACCCAGUUCAGGGUGCAUGUAAACCCUGCGCUUGUCCACUGUACGAGGCUUCGAACAACUUCAGUCCAAACUGCGCACUAGCAUCGGCUGAAGGUGACGAGUUCGUGUGCACGCAAUGUCCGGAUGGCUAUACUGGGGAUCACUGUGAACUUUGCGACUCGGGCUACUGGGGCUCGCCGACGACGUUGGGUGGAUCUUGUCAGCUAUGCGAGUGUGGCGGAGGGCCUUGUCAUGUGGACAGUGGCAAGUGCCUCGUAUGUCCGCCGCAUACUGAGGGCGAGCGGUGUGAUCAGUGUCAGGAAGGUUACUGGGCAGGCGGGGUGAACAGCUCCUGCAUAGAAUGCGCGUGUGGUCGUGGUGCCUUGUCGGCGGCGUGCGAUGCGCGCUCAGGGCAAUGCGCCUGCGCACCGGGUUGGACCAGUCGCGCCUGUGACGUGUGUGCUAAGGGCUUUGGAGGCAUAGAAGAAAAUUGUCCACCAUGCUCCUGCGGGGAAGCGGCUGUAAACGAGGAGUGUGAUGUGACUUCAGGAGACUGUACCUGCGCAACCGGCGCUGCUCCUCCUCGAUGUCUAGGUUGCUUGACUGGAUAUUACGAGCUCACACGUGAUGGCUGCUUAGAAAAUCAUAGACUUUGCCCCUCACUGCAGAAGUCUUCAGUCCAGCCAUCUAAGCUCGCUCCAGAAGCCGAGUAG